AUGAUCCCCGCAAGACCUCUCCCCCUCCGCCGCCUCGCGGCCGCGCGACCCGUUUCCGGACUCGGAGCCACGACGGCACCCUUCGCCGCGGCGCGCCGGGUUGAGGGCCAGGUCCGGUGGAGCACGCAUAACCCCAAGGAAGGCGACCUCGGUGGACCCGGUGGGCAGGAGCCUGUGCCGUCUACGAGCAGUGCCGCGCAGAGCUGGCCGACGUUGGUCGCUAUUGCUGCUGUUGGACUCGGUGUUGGGAGCUAUCUUGUUCAUAUGACGGGUAAGUCCAAGGGGCAGGGGACGGUGAUGGAGAAGGGGGAGUUUGAUAAGUUGGCGGAGAGGGUUGCGUCGAGGAAGUAG